GAAAAAUGAAAUGGCUUCACGACCAGAAUAGAAGUCGAAGCAACCGCAUUUCAGGGAAAAAUAACACUUGAUCUGAAUGAUUUGACUCCGCCUAAAUGUAUGGGGAUAAGAGCUAAAGGCUUGGAACUAACCCCAGCUGUUUUACUACAAGUGGAUACCGACAAACUAAAGAAACACGCGCGAAGGAGAAAAUGGCGAAUUCACGUGAUGAUAGAAACCAUACGACACCACAUCAAGACUUUUUCUGCAAUCAAGGUCUUAGCACCGCUCAGAGGAUAAUCAUCUCAGCUUUAGGUGUUCCUAUGUCGAUCACUGCGUUUUUGGGGAAUAUUCUGAUAAUUUUCGUUCUCUUCAAAAUUUCUUCCCUUCAUCCACCGUCGAAACUUCUGCUUGGUUGCCUAGCGUGCACAGAUCUGGGAGUGGGCCUUGUCGUGCAUCCUCUUCGCAGUGGAUUUUACUUGUUAUCACAAAAAUCGAAGGGUUGUUAUCACUUUUACAUCGUUCAUAAUAUUGCGUGUUUUGUUUUUGCUGGUGUAUCUUUGUCAACAAUGACUGCAAUAAGUGUGGACAGACUUCUUGCUCUGUUGUUGGGGCUGAGAUACAGACAGGUUGUAACUGUGAGGCGAGUAAGGGUCCUUAUUGCCACUCUUUUCCUUUUUUGCACUUUCGCUUCAAUUGCAGCAUUUUAUAGUAUACCUAUUGCCUUUAGAUUCGUUUGUGCAUUGUUGUUACUGUGUCUACUAAUCUCUUCUCUCUGCUACACCAAGAUUUAUCGCACACUUCGUCUUUUUCAAGCACAAGUGCAAUACAAACAUGAACGAGGCGGACAACGGAGUGGAGAGACAAUUUUGUUGAAUAAAGCGCGAUACCAAAAGACAGUGUCCAUAGCCCUGUGGGUACAAAUGGCAUUACUGGCUUGUUAUCUUCCGUACUUUUCAGUCACAGCUUUCAUUACGAUCACCGGAUUAAACAACCAGUCAAUUACAUUCGUUUGGUGUUUGACGGUAUCAUUACUGUUAUCGAACUCGACUAUUAACCCAUUUUUGUACUACUGGAAGAUGAGAGAAAUGAGACAAGCAGUAAAGGACACGAUAAGACAGUUUUGUUGCUUACUAUUUCGCACAAAGCGGUGGAGCAUCACUUCUUAAAGAGAUGUCAGCUUUACCGGCUUUUCUGACGGUUUCUAGGAAAAUCAAGUAAUAAUCGUGCGCAGGUCUCAUUUUCGUCGAUUUUCGACUUCAAAAAACACUUUUUAUUGACAGCUUUUUAGCUGCCUACCACUGACUUGCCUGUGUUGUGAGGCUUGUGAAAAACACACACAUUGUAAAUACACAUACUACGCUGCGGCUUCAAGGAGAAUUAGAAACACGGUUCUAUUCUGCACUUAUUACUUAUUCUGCGCACGCGGCAGUGGGUGAAUACUGAAAAAAAAUAUAUAAAACUGAAGUUUUCGUUCUUUUCAGCAACGUUACAUGCGCUGUGAUUAGUGCCAUGAUUUUAGAUACAUAAAUAUGUAGAAAGAA